AUGGAAGACCUGCAGCAGCACCUGCUCCUGUGGCAGCAGCACCAGCUCCUGCUGCAGCAGCAGCAGCAAGAUCCCGCCGCAGCCGCCCAGCACGCCGCGUACCAGCAGCUCCUGGCUGCGGCAAGUUUGCAGCAACAGCAGUCCCUGCAGUUGCAGCAGCAGCAGCAGCAGGCCCUGCUGCAGCAGCAGGCGCUGCAACAACAACAGCAGCAGCAGGCCCUGCUACAGCAGCAGUUGACGCAGCAAGGCGCUCCGCUGGCCGCGGGGGCGGACGCGCACUUCCUGCAGCUGCUCGCCGCGCAGCAGCAGCGGCUGCAGGCGCCGCCCGCGGUGGUGGCGCCGCCGCAGCGGCAGGGCCAGGCGGAGAGCGGGCUCCUCGCCUCCAGCGUGGAGGGGCAGUUCUUCUCCUUCGACGCGCCGCUGGAGACUCUGAACGAGAGCCUCAAGGAGAAGGUCGAGCCCGCGAAGCUGGGGCAGGUCACGGUGCUCAAGAAGGAGGCUCCGCCUCCCGAGGCCGUCGCGCCCGCCCAGACCGAGGAGGUGUCCGUGCAGGCGCCGGGCGCCGCGCAGCCGCAGGCCUGCGCGGGCCCAGCGCCCACGGCCGCGCAGCCCCAGACCAGCUGGGUGACGGUCCAGCGCUCGCGCUCGCGCUCUCGGAGGAGGCGCCGCCGCGACGACUCCAGCGAGUCGGACAGCAGCUCGAUUGAGCGGCGCCGCCGGGCGAAGGCUGGCAGGGCCCAGGACGCCCCCGCCUCCGUGCUCGCCGCCCCUGUGGCGGUGCAGGUCCAGCCCCGCGGCGCAACCCUGGCCGCCGCCGGUCCGCAGGCGGCGCGGGCGCAGAAGCCAGAGGAUACCGGCAAGGACGCCUCCCAGACCAACAACAAUCGACUUUCCAUCUUCGACCAGUUCGAGAAGCAGCAGCAGCAGGCCCAGAAGGCGCAGGGGCAGCAGCAGUCCGACGUGCGCCAGUUCACCGUGCAAGAGCUCCUCGCCGCGCAGAAGGAGCCGCAGCAGCGGGAGGACGCGGCCCCGAGGCCCAAGUCCCAGAUGGCAAAGCGGGAGAGUGAGAAGCAACCGCCGCAGCUCCCCAAGGAGCUGGGGCACCUUUCGCAGAUCAUAAAGCAGCAGGAGGCGGCCACCAGGCACCAGGAGGCGGCCAGAAAGGAGCCCCAGUGGCCCCCGCCGCAGCCGACGCGGUCUGCGCAUCCGCCCGUGCGGCCCACGCAGUCGCCCGCGCUGGCGGGGCUGUCUGGGAAGGCCGGCUCCCAGGCCAGGCCGCCAGAGCACCACUACCAGCAGUACGGCUCGCAGGGCUCGGGGCACCACGGUCGACCUUGGGCGGGGGGCACGCCUGCGGCCGCUUCGCCCGCCGGCGCGGUCGGCUUCGCGGUUGACGCGGCGGCUGCGGCUGCCGCCUGUGCCGAUGCCGCCGCGGUCGCGGCUCGCGCGGCACUCUGGAUGGCUGCGGGCAUGCUGGCGCAGGCCGCUGCCCUCGCGGCUGGCGCCACGAUGGCCGGGGGACCUCCGGCGCAGGAUCUGGCACUUCGCAGCCACCUCGCACCCGUGGAAGACACCCUGCUGCCUCCGCCAUACUCCUGUCUUUGCACCCUCAUGUCAGCAGACAUCGCAGUGACAGCAGCAGCACUCCUCAUCUGUACCCUUCACAAGUCCAUCCCGCUCUCUAACAUGGACUGGAGGACUCUCUCGACAUGGUUCAUCGGCGCCGUGCCAAUCUUCUUCACAAAGGGGAACAUCGCGCUCACGGCCAUCAGGGACUUCUGA